CAGAGAAAAAGCGUCCACUUCGCUCGAAGAAAUCUGUAACACUCGCGCCGGAAUCAACAAAGAAAGCCUUAGCGAGAGAAUCCACAUUUGGAGAGACUUCAAAUACAGUAUUCAAAACGCCAUCCAAGAAGACGCCAUCGAAGACACCGCGAAAGACGCCUUCGCGGAAUGCACUCAAGAAGGAAGACACAUUCGAUGAGUUUGUACAGCCAAGAAAAUCACUAGUUAGCACCUUCAACGGUGUGGCUGACUCCACUGUGAGUACACCGAAGAAGUCACUUAAUAGGCAAGAUAGCUUCGCCGUUGCUACCACACCGGCAUCGACGAAUGUGUAUGCCUACGCGCGCAAUAGAGUCCGGACUAUGAAUGCAUCCUCUGAUGAAGACCAGCUCAUUGGACGUGAAAGUGAAAUAGAGGCUAUAAGAUCAUUCUUAGAGUCAUCUCAGUCGAGCCUCUAUGUAUCUGGCCCACCAGGUGGUGGUAAAACAGCCGCGGUUAAGUUGGUAGUUAACGGCUAUGAUGGUCGUAUGCAUUGGACGAAUUGUAUGGCCCUGAGUGGUGUUGACAACCUUCUCGAUGAGUUACGUUUGGUCAAAUCCAAAUCUAAGUCAUUACUAGUCAUACUCGAUGAGAUAGACACACUGCCUCAUGAAGAUCUUCUCGAAUUGUUUAAGAUUGCGGCGGAAAAUGAUGAAUUGAAGCUCAUAGGGAUUGCAAACGCGUUGGAUUUGACGAGUAACCAAUUGCAAAACUCUGAUCAUCCACCAGUUCACCUGCAAGUGCAUCCUUAUACAGCCCAACAAUUGAGCAACAUCAUCAAUGACAGACUUGGGGAGUACAAGCAGCUAUUUAUGCCUCAAGCACUCGAAUUGCUGAGUAGGAAAGUGAGCGCAAUGACAGGAGAUAUCAGACAAGUCGUAUCAGUCGUUACGCUCUGUCUUGACACUGUAGAAAAAGAGCAAAAGAAACUCCGUGGUGCUGCUUUAUGUGAUGUUACUGUAGAGGAAGCUACUAAAGUCACGAUGCCAACUAUGUUGAAAUCAAUAACAGCCAGAGUGAAAGCAUCCAAUAAAUCAGCUAAUAACACAAAAAUUGAAUUGCUUAAUUUACACUCAAAAAUUGCACUCUUAUGUGUUAUGCUUACAAUGCGAAGGAGAAGUCAACUGAAGUCAUCGCUACCUUUAUAUGAAAGCUACUGCUAUUUGCUUAACACUCAUUCGACGAUAUCGCCAACGAGCAAAUCAGAUUUCAUUGACUUGGUUAAUGUCUUGACUAGUUCGAGUAUUCUAAUCGAACAGUAUACACAAUUCGACCAAAAUGCUAUGCUUGGUACGCCAUCUAAAAGGGCAAGGAUGAAGGCUGCUCUUAUGGCGACAGAACCUGAAUUCAAAUUGCAAUACAGCGAAGGUGAAGUAAUCAAGCUGCUUGGUUUAUCAAAUGGAAAUAGCGACGAAAACCCUCAAAUAGAACAACUAAAGAGGGUUUACUUUAGUGAAUUAAAAAGAAUUGAGCAGGAUGUAAUGAAAAAGAGUUGGCAAGUGAAGACACCGCUGUCUGAAUCAAACAAUCCACCGGUUGAUGUCUUCGUUUGACACAGUCUCAUUAUAUUGAAUAUUAAUCCUUUCAUACUUAUUUCAUG